UCAACAGAUACAAUGGCGAAAUCCAAAGCCGCAAAGCGCAAGCACAAUGGUGCACAAAAUGUACCUAAUAAAUUCCCAAAGACUUCUCUGCCGACAACAGCAGGCGCCGUCACCCCACCAUCAACAGACACCGACGCUACUCGUAUCGAACCGAAGAACAUCGCCAGUAUAGUAUCCGAAGAUGAGCUGGAAACCACAAUCGAGACGCUGCAAGUUCUUAGCAAGUAUCCGAAUCUGAUCAAAAGUAAAGCAUGCAAAGAUCUCCGUGUUGCCAUCUACGAUUUUAAAGAGGCUUCUACAACUGGCCUCCUCACGGCGGCGGAUGCGAACUUGACAAGCCGGAUUAGCGCGGCUCUCGUAGACGGGAAGUUGACAGAGGCGAGGGUAUUAUUGGCAGAGAUGAGGGUGAAGGGGCAACAGCCCAAGCUGGGUGCUCUGUGUCGAUGGGUUCGGGAUUUAGACGUUCUGUCUGGGUUGAGCCGGGGCGUGGAUGGGAUGAGCGCAGUCGGCGAGAGGAGUGACAGCGAGAUUGAGCUGUUGAAAGUUAUGGAUGCAAUAUUGAGGGUUACGGGACCGACAGAUCUCAACUUAAAAAUUGAGAGUGGCGAAACCCCGAUCAGUGUCCAGGAGGUGUGGAAUAUGAGGAAAGGUGAUGUUCCAGAAGCAGUUUAUGCAAAGGUUCUGGACAGGAGCUUGAUACCACAGCCAGAGGCUAUUGUGGUUAAGUUCAAGAUCCUCGGGACGAUUCCUGGCCCGGAGAGGAAGCCGCCAAAUCACCAUCCUGCGAUCCUAUACACCUCAGAGGACAACGCUGUCCAUCUCACAUCUCCUGGACCGUCACGAAGUCGGCAUUCUCAUCCCAUUGUCCCAAAUUUAGGACUCAUAAAAGACGUCUUAUCGCCAACAGAAUGCAAGGUCAUCAUUGCAGCCGGAGAGGCAGUUGAAUUUAUUCCUGAUGCACCAGUGAGAGACGAUGGCGGAGAAGUAAGCGUUUUGGCGCAUAACUUUUACUGGGUCAUUGAUCAAGCAUUCCACGAUCGGCUGUGGGAGAGAGUGAGAGAGUAUGUACCGGAAAAUGUUGGUGGAAAGAAAGUAAGGGGCUUGAAUAGGAGGUUUAGGGUGUACAGAUAUGUUCCCGGCGCGGAAUAUAGAUGCCAUAUCGAUGGGGCGUGGCCACCCUCGGGGAUUUCGCCAGCUGGGGUGUAUCAGUAUGAUUCAUCUCCUCCCACUAAGAGGCGAUCAUCACUCUUCACCUUCUUAAUAUAUUUGAAUGACGACUUCGAAGGCGGAGAAACUACGUUCUUCCUCCCAAGUGUCAAGGAGGGGACAAUGAAUGCGUAUCCAAUGAAGCCAGUCAUGGGUAGUGUAGCCGUUUUCCCGCAUGGAGAGACGAAUGGAGCAUUGCUACAUGAAGGAACUGGGGUUAGGAAGGGCGCAAAGUAUGUGAUACGGACAGAUGUGGAAUAUGAUGUUGAUGCUUAAUGCGGUGGCGAAAUAUAUUUGGGAAAGCAUUUUAAGCGGUAUUUUAUAAUUUGUUGGGGAGUUGUCAAGGAAGUGUUGGGCUUGGCAGGAAGAGACGAUUUAUGAUCUAUGAGAAGCGGCAGAGGCUGCAUUUAGGUGAAGGGGCCUUUUUCGAGUUGAAAAUAGAAUUUGAUGUGUACAGUAGAAUAUUUAAAGUCCUCAACAACAUAAUACCUAAGAAGAAUUGACUUUCGAGCCCAAAAUUUUAGAUAAGUCUAAACAGUAUCUCAAAAUAAAGAUAUCUGAGGUAUC